UCUGACUAACGGAAUGUUAUUGUCAGUUCUCGCGAGACUUCGCUGCCUCUGAAUGUUUUCUUUUUUCCCUGACGUGGUCGUGACAUUCACAGCUGGCUCUUGACUUUCCCUUUAACCAUCAACUAAACUCUCUUUCACGUUAACUUGUCUACGAGGAAACUUGGAUUCUUUAUGACAUCGAAGGCGAGAUUUCAGAGCAAAGUCACCCGGAUGCAGUCGGCGGAGGCGUUGGCGGCGAGCGGGCUGAAGCAGUGCCGGCAGGCCCAGGAUCAGCUGGAGGACGCCAUCACCGGGGUCAUGAAGGCUGAGACACAGCUGAGAGAAAACGCCAGAGAGGUGCGUUUGGAUCUUCAGAGCAGUGUGAGCCGUCAGCAGGAAGCGCUGCGCUGCAGAGAGGUUUGGCUGCUCGGACAGAUCGAGCUGCUGGAACAACUCAAGACGGAAACUCUUCAGCAGCAGCUGCACCAGCUGCACCGGCUCCGAGGCCAGUUUGACGUGAUCUUCCAGCAGCUGCAGAACGCCAACAGCAGCAAGGACCUGAACAACCAGCUGACCAGCUGCAUGGAGAAGCUGUCCUCUCUGAGUCUGACGCCGGAGGAAACGCCUGAGAUGAGUUUCCACGCCGACGCUCGCUCUCUAAAGCAGGCCAUCACCUCGUUCGGCAGCAUCACGGCUCAGCUGGUGGAGGGCGUGUCCUCUCAGAGCCCCGCCCCCCAGAGAGGUGAGGUCAGCUGUCCAAUCGCGGCUAAGAAACAGAAGAUGGAAGCCGCUGCUCUGGGUGACUGGCUGCUGGGAACUCCUCCAGCAAGCAGCGCUCCUAUUGGCUACCAGUCCAGCAAGAACCCUCAGGAUUGGCUGAUGGCACACAAGGAGAGCAAGACUUCCUGUCCCGCCCUGGCUUCGGUGGACUUCCUGCAGGCCUGGGGUCAGCUGAGAGACCUGGAGGCGUGGCUUCAGACGGGCGCCACCGGCAGCCGCGAGCGAGCCGACAGCAGCUGCAGCUCCGAAUUCUCCAUCGAGAAGAUCGACGAAUCAGAGCUCACCGUCGAGGAGGAGGAGGAGGAGGAGGAGGAAGAGGAAGAUCUGAGCGGCUGGCUCAUCACCCCGGCCACUGUCUCCAUGGAGACUGUGUCAGACGGCGAGCGGUGGCGUGACGUGUUGAAGCCGUUCCAUGCUGGCUGGGAGGCCAGUGAUUGGCUGCGUGCGGCGUCCCAACCGGCUGACUGCUCCGCCUGCUGCCAGACGGCCGCCGUGCCGCUGGAGAUAGAGAACCUGGGACUGCUCAAGUGCCUGAAGACGCCGCCGCUGGCCUCCAGCCCGGCGUCCAGCCCGGCGUCCAGCCCGGCCUCCUCUGACGCCCCCGUGGCGGUGACCCUGCAGUCGUGGCUGCAGCAGGCAGCGCCGCUGCAGACGACCUGCAGAGCCAAUGAGAUCUGCUCGUCCUACGCCGACUGCGUCUGCGAGCAGAACUGUGGGAAGGAAGCUCUGAGCCUCUGGCUGCUCCGGCAGGACGGGCGGGACAAGAACGGCGUCCCGGUAGCCAACAACGCCACGCCGCCCAGCGCCAAUAACACGGCUAACAACGCCACGCCGCCCAGCGCCAAGAACGUCCCGCCCACUCUGCACCGCAGGGAGCAGGAACAGAAGGUUCAGGCCAUCCUGGAGGCCUGGCUGCACCCCCCCACACCCUCCUCCGUGUCCGGGAAGGAGAAGGCCGCCACAGAGGAGUCUCUGUUCCAGACUCCUCUGGAUCCAGAUCUCUGGGUGGUCCCGAGACAGACGCCCCCCCGCCCUGCAGACACACAGGAGGACAAGUGGCUGCUGAGGAAGAGGAGUCAGGCUCAGGAGCGUCUGUCUGUGUGCGAGCUGUUCUCCUGUAUGAAGCUCAGCGGAGACAAAGACAAAUGGCUCCAACAAUCCUCUCAACAGAUGUGAUGAUGACGAUGGUGCUUCUUCUUCAUCUUCUUCUUCUUCUCUCCUCUGGGAGUCACUUUACCGCUGAUCAGCGCACACGAACGCUACCAUCGAGCCGCCGCCGCCGCCUUCCUGUGACAUCAUCAUCACGGCGCUCUCCGCCAAUCAGGACCCAGAUCACCGCCUCCAUCUGAGAAACUUAAGAUUUCAUGUUUUCAUUGUCUGAUUUCAGCUCCUUUGUUUCUUUGUUUUGAUCGAAAAAAUAUGAUUUUAGACUUUCAGUUUCAAAAUGGGCUAAAGGGGCGGGACUACACAGGCUAAAUGUGAUAAAGGGGCGGGACUACAUAGGCUAAAUGUGAUAAAGGGGCGGGACUACAUAGGCUAAAUGUGAUAAAGGGGCGGGACUACACAGGCUAAAUGUGAUAAAGGGGCGGGACUACACAGGCUAAAUGUGAUAAAGGGGCGGGACUACAUAGGCUAAAUGUGAUAAAGGGGCGGGACUACACAGGCUAAAUGUGAUAAAGGGGCGGGACUACAUAGGCUAAAUGUGAUAAAGGGGCGGGACUACACAGGCUAAAUGUGCUAAAGGGGCGGGACUACACAGGCUAAAUGUGAUAAAGGGGCGGGGCUACAUAGGCUAAAGAGGCGGGCUAUAUAUGCUAAAGGGGCGGGGCUAAAGUCACCUUCAUUUUAAUCAAGCGUGUUUUUAUGAUUUUAUUUUUUAACACAAUCUCUGUUCCUUUUUCUUUUGUUCUUGUUUUACUGUGAAAGGGCAGAGAUCCACUUCCUGUCGCCCAGACUGCAGGCUGCUUUCCUCCGACGCUGCGUUCUGCACACGCUCAGUAGGGUUUCCUUUCUCUGGCCGUGUUCUGCACACGCUCAGUAGACACUUUACAGACAGACACAACGCACUUUAAAGUCUCUCCAACUCUCAGAACAGAUAAUAAUGUUUAUUAAUACCUUAUUACCUCUAUUAAUGUUUAUUAAUACCUUAUUAGCUCUAUUAAUACAUCUAUUAACAAAUGUGUGUCUGACUCCCACAGUUCAUGCACGUGGGCCAGUUUUAUAAAGUCAACACUGUGGGAGGGAACUUGCAGCUGUUGGGUCUUUCAAAAUAAAAGCUUCUGGACUUUUUGUUUCGGUGGCUAGAUGGGAAACAGCUACGGGCGGAAGUUAAGCUAAA